GGGAAAACCCUAGAAGAUGUGUAUAGUCGCCAUUUUUCCAUUUAGUUAUAUUUGAUCUUUCUAGUAACUAAGAAAAUAACCGUUUUGAUCUGGUUUAGAUCUUGGCGGGUGAAAUGGAAAGCGAAGAAACAGAGCAGAUUCAGGAAGGCGAAGAAGAAUCUCAAGAUUCACAAGAACUGGACGAAAUUCCUGUACAAUUAGAUGACUCGUCAUACGAACCUCUUGGCUUGACCAACAGUUCAAAUAUCGUGAGAGGGAAAUAUUACAAACAGACUUAUCGCCCCGCGUGGGAACAAAUGCCAGAUUUUAAAGGCUGGCUUCGAGGAGUUGUUGGUGAACCCACAAGAGCAUAUUGUACAUAUUGCCAGAAAACUUUGCAUGCUCAUCGGUUAAGUUUGCUUAAACACACUUGCACUAUUAGACAUCAAAAGGCCGCGCAGAUACACAAUACUCGAAAGAAUAAAGCCCAGGCCAUGGAACAGCAAGAAAUUCAUGCUGUAGUUCUCCAAGAGGAAGACAUUAACCAGACAGAAAUUGAUAAUGAAGAGGCGGAAGCAAUAGAGUACACUGAAAUCACUUCAGAAGUGGAAGAUGACGACCAUCUUCAAAAAGAUGGGGAACAUGACUUGGUUGAAGAAGAAGAGGAAGAGGAGGCAACUAUGGAAAUUCAUCAAGUCCCAUUUGAGAAGCACAACCAAAAUUUCCAAGCAAAUCAAAUGAAAGCGCCAGUUUCCACUCACGUGUUAGAUACCACAAGAGGAUGCCCUGUGUCUGGAUUACAAGUUAGUCUGUAUAAACUGAUUGAUGGAAGAUGGACAUAUAUUAAUGAAGGAAUUACGAACGUUAAUGGGAAGUUUUCUGGCUUUGUAGACAGAGCAGAUUUUACUCCUGGAAGAUACAAACUGCAUUAUGAUGUGGAUAGAUAUUUUGAUGCACGUAAGCAAGAUACCAUGUAUCCUUUCAUUGAGGUGGUAUUUGACUGUCGAACUAUUACUGAAAACUAUCACAUACCCAUACUUCUAAGUCCAUAUGGGUAUUCAACCUACAGAGGAUCUUAGACAUUCCAUAUUACAUUUUUAAGAAAUUAUAGUGUUAAAUAGCUUUCUAGAUUGCCUUAUGGGAAAUAAUUGAAGAGUGAUUAUUUAACCAAUAUUUAAGAAAUAUGAAGUAGGUUCAUUAAGUUAGUUUGUCCUUAAUUUUAAUAUGCUGGAGAAAUGGAACUAUUUUUUACCAAAGUUAGAGCAAAACAUUAAAAGUUUUUUGUUCAAUCCUGUACUACUGUAUGCUUAAGAAUAUUCACUUUUUAAAUAAACAACAAAAUUCAUUUGAAAAUUACUUUUAUUACGAAAAAUACACAAUUUUAAGAAGACA